CAGAGCUUUGAUUUCCGCUUUGCGACUCACCUGCAGAAUGACAACCAGGAACACCUGAGUUCAAAAAAAGAAAAAAGAAAAACAGUAAGAAAAAUAUUUUUGGACUCUCGUGAUUCUGAUGUCACGUGGCACACGGACGGACAGCAGAUACUUUGUCCGAAAUAACUGACCUGAAUACAGUUUAAUUCCCAAAGCUGCGGAAAAUGUCCAGCUUGUGUUGUUGCUGCUUUUCCAGUGAAAACUCCGGCGAGGUGCAGCCUCUCCUGCAGCCCAAACCAUCUGAAUUGAGUGUAGGUGAAUCAGCCAGACAGACCCGGCCAGCACGCAGUGAUGCACCGACUGUGACACGGAGAGGAAGGCUGGCGAUGAGGCGAGUUGGCGUGUCUGGGUUGGACCAGAGGUUUUCUGAUGUGGCGGAGGUUUUUAACAGGCAACAGGAACACUAUGAGGCCAUGCUUCAGCACAUCGCUAAACUGGUACAGAGCUACGCCUGUACCUGUGAUGACACACUGACUGUGGCUGAGGUCCUUGGUAAGAUCAAAGAGGAGCACGGAGCCGAGUACAGGAUCUCCCUCCAGAGGAAGGGUUGCGGCUUUUACCUCUGUGCGGUUCCUCUGCGGGCAGAGCUUGAAAUUCAGGAGAAGCAGCUGCCUCCACGCCUGCUGCUGGCUCAGGAGGAACUGAAGGGAGCCUACGAGAAUGCAAAGGCCACUAUGUCAGAGGGCACCAAAAUUAACCUCUUAACGGGCUGGCUGCUCAGCGGCGAUGAAUUAAUGGCUGAGCAAGUAAAAGGUGGAGCUGGGUCAUACCAGGAGCAGCAAAGACUGGAUGAUAACCUGAAGGAUAACAUGAAAGAAACAAGACGAGCAAAGGAGAUGUCAGUGCUCUACAAAAAACGGGCCGGGGACGUCCUCAGUGAGGCUGAGCAGAUAGCAGGAACCAAUCUGUAGUUCAGACAGGGUCAUACUGAUAUUUUACUUCACUUCUCAAUCAUUUUCCUUUGUGUCUCCCUGCAAGUUAAGCAGCUACUUUCCAAAAAGGUCAAACAUGAGCAUUAUUACAGAUUUAAAAACAAACACAUUUUAAUUGAUUUUAUUUAUAUAUCCAUUUUUAUUAAGGUCUGCCAUUUAAAAAAAACAUUCCAUGGCAAGUACAUGCAUUCAUUUUAUCUUGCUGCACUGAAUCAUGCUUAUUUUACUUUUUUGUGCAAUUAUCUGUACUUCCCUUCUGCACCCUCAGAGGGAGGUGUCCCACAGAUUGAGAAGCACACUAGUACAGUAUAUGACGUGUGAAGCGGUGAUUCGCUGUGCUUUUUGUUGUUAUUAAUACUGAUACAUUAAAUAAUAGUCAGUUUUAAUGUUUGUAUUUUCAGGAUUAUGUGUGAAUUAUUCUGGAAUAUGCAGGAUAUGUGACAAUAAUUGCAGAAAUUCUGGAAAAUCUGUGAAUAAUUCUGGAAAAUCUGUGAAUAACUCUAGAAUAUAUAUGAACAAAUCUAGAAUAUCUGAAUAAUUUUCUGGAAUAUGUCUGAAUAACUCUGGAAUAUACGAAUAAGUAUUUGUUUUACAAAAAGACACUAGAGGGCACUAGACCAUUUCUUUUAUACUACUUAUCUUAGCAAUUUUGUACCAAAACAUACUUUUUUUUUAACAAAAGCUGAUCAUAAUACAUAUCUCCAGACAAGGAAUUACCACUUAGCACACUCGGUGACAUCUUCCUUUUGAUACAGACCCCAAACAAUGUUCCAAAACUCAGGUGUUGCGAAGGCUUCAGAACUUGCAGGAAGAGAAUUGAGUGUCCUCUGACUCAUUUGCACUUCUGACAAAAUGCUUUGAGAUCAUCUCCAGCCAUGUGUUCUACCAUUGUUUUUUUCCAGUUUCACUUUUCCUGUUCUAGUAUUUUGUAUGGUAGUUGCCCACAAGGAGGGCAUCUUGUCUCCCUGCGAUUGCUGUCUUAACUUGCUAGCCAACUCUUGAUGAGACGAUCUGCACUGAUGAGCACAUGGCAUACCAUGUGAACACCAUAGAAACAUCUCAUGGAUGAUCAGUAGGAACAGGAUGCACCUGAGCUCAAUUUUGAGCUUCAUGGCAAAGACUGUGAAUGCUUAUGUA